CUCGAUCAGUUGGUAGCCACCCACCCAAUUCUCCUCGGCUGAUAGACUGUGAUCUGUCGAUCGCGGCCGUAGUUCGGGCAAGCUUCUCGUCGAUCACCGUCGGGAGGCAAUGAAGAAAAAGAUCGUGAUCAAGGUGUGCAUGCCGUGCGAAAGGUGCCGGACCAAGGCCUUGAAGGUAGUCGCCAGAGCCGACGGGCUGAUCUCAGUGGCUAUCACCGGCGACGAGAAGCUGGAGGUGGUCGGCGACGGCGUCGACCCAGUCUGCCUGGUCAGGUGCCUGCGCAAGAAGAUCUGCUACGCCGAGAUCCUGCAGGUGGAGGAAGUGAAGGACAAGAAGGAGGAGGAGAAGAAGCCGGAGAAGCCCAAGAAGGCAGAGCAGCAGGCCGUGGUGGUGCACGCGCUGCCGCAGAGCUGCCCCGGCUACUGCUCCUGCCACCGCUGCCACCCGCCGUCGCUGAUGGUCUGCGAGGACGAUCGCAACAGUUGUGCCAUCAUGUAAAACUGUUAGUUGGGUAACGAGAAGUGGCAUCUUUAGUUUGAGGUUUCACUUGGUCCAUCUUAGCUUGCACAAAACGAGAAAAGUGAAAGUGAAAAAAAGGAACUAGUAUGUUCCCAGUGCUUGUAUGUGAGGCACCGGGCACGCCUUAAUAAGUACCUCUAGUCUGAUCUAAACUAUAUGAACGUGUGCUACAGUUGAUUCUUA